AUGUCUAAGAAAAGAGGACUUUCCUUGGAUGGAAAGCGUGAAAGGAUUCUUCAAAUCUUUUAUGAUUCACAAGACUUCUAUCUUCUGAAGGAACUUGAGAAGUUAGGUCCCAAGAAAGGUGUUAUCAGUCAGUCUGUCAAAGAUGUUGUUCAAAGUUUAGUGGAUGAUGACCUCGUCUCUAAAGACAAGAUAGGAACUUCUCUGAGAAAUGUUUAUCGAAAACUUGAAUCUGAGCUACAAAGCAGUAAGAAGAGGCUUGUAGAACUUGUUGAACAGUCUGAUGCUUUAAAGAAGGGGCGAGAGGAGUCUGAUGAACGAGAGGAAGCACUAGAUGAGCUUAAGGCUAUUGAACAAAAGUAUAAUGAGCUAAAGGGCGAGAUGGGACAGUAUGCAGACAAUGAUCCAGCUGCCUUUGAAGCAAUGAAGGAAGCUAUCAAAGUCGGCCAUGCUGCAGCGAACAGAUGGACAGAUAACAUCUUCACGCUGCGUCAAUGGUGUACAAACAACUUUCCUCAGGCCAAAGAGCAGCUUGAACACCUCUACAAUGAGAUAGGUAUAACGGAUGACUUCGACUAUUUGGAGUUACCAGCAGCAGUUGUUCCUGUUGGCCCAGUUGGAGAUCAGAUGCUGGAAGGCAAUCCAUAGGAGUAGCAAUAGACCAAGGGAUAGCUUAUGUGCUCAUGCUGGUUGCUUUGGCACUUACCU